AUUCUCUCUCCGCCAAUUGUUAUGACAGACGUCGAGGGGGAGGUCAACCCCUUCGACUGGAACGCGACGAUGCCCCGCUGCAGGCUCCUCUGAAGUGUGCGUGCGCGCUGCGACGCAGCGGUUUUGGAGUCGCCCGCAGCAGCAGAUGCGCUUCGGCUGCGACGCGAGACGCACGAGCUGGUGGACCGGGCUGCACGGUUCUCCAAAGUUCAACUUCGCUGCGUCGUUCCUCCCGGGGCAGUGGGAUUUGUCCUCUUGCGGGACGUCCGGGGCUGCGACCUUCGGUGUGUUCGUGUCGCUCCACCAUGGGGGAGAGCGUGCGUAUCGGGCGCAUGGGUUCUCGCUCGGUGGACGUUUAGCCGUGCGCCCGCGCAGCCUGAACUCCCGUCUCUGCAUUGUGAGUGUGAGAUACUGAAGCUGAACUCUGCAGGGGGUCGGUUCGGGACGACGGUGGGAAAUGGCCAGCGAGCGGAAACCGCGGCUGUGCGUCAUGGCCAAGGAGGAGAGCGGGUAUGGAUUUCACUUGCACGGCGAGAAGGGGAAGAGCGGCCAGUUCAUCCGCAAAGUGGAGCUCGGCUCCCCCGCAGAGGCGUCGGGGCUGCGCGCCGGGGACCGAGUGGUCGCCGUGAACGGGGUUAACGUGGAGAAAGAGACACACCACCAGGUGGUACAGCGGAUCAAAGCCAUAGACCACGAGACCCGGUUGCUGGUGGUGGACAAUGAGACACACGAAAGUCUGCGGAGUCUGCGACUCACGGCUACCGAGGAGAUGGCCGUACUUGUGACAGGCGCUCCCUCCUCAUCCUCCCCCCCGGCGUCGCCCCCCGCGCCCUCGGUCCCGUCCUCCCCCAGCAAGAAGCGGGAGAACGGCUCGGUGUCCAAGCAGCCGGUCACGCUGAGCGGCCAGGUGCAGAAGCCCACCAGGAGGUCACCAUCAAAGGCUGCGAAGAAGGAGGCUCUUGCUCAGGCGGAAGCUCACACCAAGGCACCAUCCCAGUCACGGCUCCGGGUCAACCCGUCCGAGCUCGUUCCACGUCUGUGCCACCUGGUGCGGUCUGAGACGGGCUACGGCUUCAACCUCCACAGCGAACGCUCGCGCCCGGGACAGUACAUCCGCUCCCUGGACCCGGGAUCGCCCGCAGACUGCGCCGGCCUCCGGCCGCAGGACAGACUCAUCGAGGUAAAUGGCGUGAACAUCGAGGGCAUGCGGCAUGCAGAGGUGGUGGCCUUCGUCAAGAAAGGGGGAGACGAGACCUGGCUGCUGGUGGUGGAUCCAGAGACGGACGAGCACUUCAAGAGGAGGGGGGUCAUCCCCACAGUCAGUCAUGUCAAAGACUACGAUGGUCCAUCCAUAUCCAACGGCUCCCCCAGCCCUCAGAUCAACGGCAGCUCCACCACUCAGUCCAUCAGGUCCACACGCUCCGACCUCAGCAGCCAGGGCAACAGCACACAGCUGGCAGAUGACGAGGGCGGCCGGCUGUUGGAUCCGUUUGCUGAGAUGGGCCUGAGUCUGAGCGCCACGGCAGCAGAGGAAAAGAUGAAGGUGCAUGCCAAAGAAAAGAAGAAGGCGCCGCAGAUGGACUGGAUGAAGAAAUAUGAGAUCUUCAGUAAUUUCUGAGACGUUUUUCCCCUCCAAGGACACUUACGAGACCGAAGCACAGCGCCGCCUGUAGCCCCCUGUGUGGAUGAGUUUGUGCCGUGGGAGAACACCACUCUUGCUACACAGAUCAUGUUUAUUUUUUCUUGAAGAAAGGACUGAGAUGACUCAGUACAACAGAAAAUCAUUUGUUCCUGGAAUUAAAAGUGACAAAGGGAUACAUUGUUUUCUUCUUCAGCCACGUCAGAGACUCGUCAGCUACGUUUCCCUCAUCAAUGUACAAGUACACGUGUUGACAGACCUAAGGAACUGGGUUCACACUGUCUAGAGGAAGGACCAUCUGAAAUAGCUUCACAGACGUGUACUUGUCAACAAGUUUUCACAAAUUUGCCUAAAUCCCCUUCGCUUUUUCUCUCCUUUAAUCACCCUGCCUACUCCCGGAGACUUGUUUCAAUCAAAUGGGGGAGAUAGUUAUUUUUAUAUUAUAGACAAACAGUAUCCCAACAGCAUGGACUGCAUUUUAGAGAGUUUACUGGACACUGUGACAUCAAUGAUUGUGGACAUUGUGGGAGUUUUGGCCCAUCAUUCAGUGGAAGACCAAACUUGGCAGAAGAUCACUGUGAACAAGCUAAGAUUCCCCCCCCCCUCCAGCCCACUCGUAGGUUAGAUAAUAAUCCACUGACUGCGUGUGCUGGUUAUGUAUAAUGUACUCUACAUGUAUUUGUACUUUUACCUGUGAUCAUCAGCUUAAGCCCACAUAUGCACCAGCUGAACUGCUUCAGAUCAGCCUGGCUUUGUUCAGGAAGAAGAUGUUGCUUGUUACUCAGCGCUCAGUCUAUCACCACUAACCUCUUUUACCAAAUUGUGACUAAUUGCAUAACGAAGUUAAGCACCACUGACAUUGAAUAUGUUGAAUAGGUAAAUAAUAGAGGCUAGAGGUAUCUCAGGGCACGUGGCUUGAUGAGUGAGUUUGUUGUUUUUUUUAUUGUCGAGAGCCUAACGUGUACAGCAGAGGGCAAACUAACACCACAAAUAGACUUCGGUUUAUCCAGCGGUCAUUCAUCAUCUCAUAAUGUACCAGGAAAAAAAUAUGAAUUCAAGUGAGGUCGAGGAAAGAAAGUCCAAAUAGUUUGAGGAGUCAUUCGCAGGUGUAUUGAGGGUGGAUAUGAAGGAAAUAUUAAUCAUUCAAAUGUGUAGGACACUUUUACUUAUGGAUUUAUUGUGAUAUAUUUACACUUGUAACUGUGAUUUAAAAGCAAGUGGAUAAAUGUGAAGGCAGACAGUGGAAGGUUUGGUGCGACAGCCAACUGUUGAUAAGUCAGUAUUAGCGAUUGUACAGACCCCAGCUAACCCGCCGUGAUUUAAUAACGCUAGAAGUUAAACUGAAAGCAUUUUCUCUUUAAGGGGGGAUUUUAGAAUAUAUUAGUCAAGCAAGUGAAGUUCUGCUUAAUUCAUACUGAUGAAAUUUAAGUGGAAGGUUGAGUCUUAACGGUGUGGGAGCUUAGCAUGUUUCAAUUCAAAGGAUUAGUUAAACGUUUUGGGAAAAACACUUUCAGGCAGAGAGUCCGGUAUGAAAAUUAAAACCAAAAUGUCAGAUCAUUUCGUUGAUUAAAUAAGGAGGAGGGAAGAGAGCAAGAUUAAGGCUCAAAAGUGCAAGUUGCAUAUUUUAGGACGGGAGGGAUGUGAUCAGGUACAACAUGAGCAGUGUGUGUGUGUGUGUUAUUGUGGGAUGCAUGGAGCACAGGAGACGCACAGAGUCAGGUCAGAGAUGCUCUGGAGGAUCAAGUGAAAGAGACUGCGGGAGCCACGGAGCUUACUGAGGAUUACUACACAUACAGGGACAGCUGUCACACACAUGCUCACACACAGUCGAGGCACAAUCUGUGUGUGUGUGUGUGUGUGUGUGUGUGUGUGUGAACAUAUGUGUUGAGAAGAUAUUCAUGCCGAAACCCAAGCGACGUUGAUAUGAUAUAUUACAACAAGUGGGACUGCGAGCUGACGAAAUGUCAGCCAUCUAUGUGGGCUUUUUCUUUUUCUUUUUUGGUACGCAUGCAUUCACACCUUUGCUCUUACUUUACGUGGCACACACAAAGAGCAGCAGUGUCUCGCCUCAUCUCUGGACAUUGGUCUCUGUCUGUGUGCAGUAGUUUUCACUCGGUAUGUCAUGACAAGUCACAGGAAAUCACUGUUACCAUUGCUGAUGCACAUGUAUAUACAGUUAAAGCAUAUACAAUAUGGCAGGUUGCAUUUUUUUUUCAAUAAAGUGUGACAAUUGCGUUUUUGAAGAUAUUAAAUUGUGGUCAUCGUC